UACAUAAGACCUACAAUCCCGCCAGACAGGUUCUGGGCAGGUGUGUGUACAGCGGGAGGGGAAUAGGGUGGAGAAGCAGUAUUGUAACUCCUGUCCUGUAGGUGUGUCAUACAGUGUAAGGAACACCAUCCUCACACUGCCUGGGACUGAACUUCCUUAGCUCCCAGCCAGCCCUAACAGCCGGGAAUCCACACUGCACACAAGUCCUGCUCUGACAGCCGGCUGGUUACAGGCUGUGCUGGACUAACCCAGGCGGCUGGAGCCAUGGCUAGCAACAUCCCUAAAGAUCAGAGCUGGAUUCCCAAAUUAUUUAAAAAGAAAACAUGUACCACAUACAUAGAAGACAACAGGCCUGGAAGAAACGGACAGUUCUGUCAGUGCGGUUUGCCCAGGCAAAACCAUGCGUCUGUGGCUGUAGAGGACAAUUUCGGGGCAGCCAUUGUGAGUACAUGGGAUUCUGCAGAGCACACGACCGAGGAACCCACAGACGCCUAUGGCGACAUUGAGUUUGUGGGCGCAGGGAAGAAGCACAGCCAGUUUAUUCGCUUGUCAAACGAGACUGACCCCUCCAUCGUCUACAACCUUAUCACCCAUCACUGGAAGAUCCCACCACCGAACCUGGUGGUGUCUGUAGUUGGAGGAGAUGGAGACUUUAAAAUGAAAUCCUGGCUGAAGGACAUCCUGAGGAAGGGGCUGGUCAAAGCGGCACAGAGCACAGGCGCCUGGAUAAUGACAGGGGGAAUCCAGGUCGGCAUCGGGAAGUACGUAGGCGAGGCGGUCCGAGACCACGCCACUGCUAGCUCCAAUUCCAGGACCAAAGUGGUGGCUAUGGGCAUUGCCCCUUGGGGAAUUGUAAAUAACCGUGACAGCCUAGUAAACCCUAAGGGAUCUUCUCCAGCAAAAUACUACAUGGAGAAUGUGGACGGACCAACCUAUUCUUUGGACAACAAUUACUCACUCUUUCUUCUAGCAGAUGAUGGAACCAAUGAGAAAAUGGCAGGAGAAACUGGCUUUAGGUUCAGGCUGGAGGAGCAUAUAUCCCGGCAAAAGACUGGUGUUGGGGGGAAAGGAAGCAUUGAAAUACCCGUCCUGUGCAUGCUUAUUGCUGGGGAGUCCAAUAUGCUGGAGAGAGUGUACAAAGCCACAAUGAGCCCAAUUCCCUGUCUCUUGGUGGCUGGUUCUGGCGGGGUUUCCGACUGUCUCGCAGAAAUCCUGGAAGAGUCACUGAGUUUGGAGUCUUGCCGAAGCCUCGUGGAAGAGAAGCUAAAGCUUCAUUUCCCUGAAGAGAACUUGACCAAAAUAAUCGGGAAGGUUGAGAAAAUUGUGGAAAAUCGGGACCUGGUCACCGUGUACUCCAACACUGAUGGGACAGAGGAUUUUGAGACGGUUAUCUUGAAAGCUUUAGUAAAAGCUUGCAAGAAACAGUCCAGUGAUGCCACGGAGUACCUGGACGAGCUGAAACUAGCAGUGGCCUGGAACAGAGAGGACAUAGCUAAGACUGAGCUGUUCCAUGGGGAAAUCCACUGGAGGGCUUGUGAUCUCGAGGACACGAUGACUGACGCCCUGGUGAACGAUAAACCCAGUUUUGUGAAGCUCUUCGUAGACAGUGGAUUGAAUAUUGUGGACUAUCUGACCUAUGGCCAGCUGGAGGAGUUAUACAGCUCGGUGCUAGAUAACACUGUCCUCUGCCAGUUACUCCAGCGCAAGCACGAAGAACACAGAGAGUCUAACAAAGGAUCCCAGCAUCAGGAAUACAUUCCGGUGGACACUGUAGGCAAAGGACGAGACUUCAAGCUCUAUGAUGUGGCCAAAGUUCUGCGAGAGCUGAUGGGCGAUGUCUGCGCCCCCUUUUACACACACGUACUGGGAAAUGUAAAGGGAUCUGUACACAGGCGACACUCCAGUAAUAAAGGUUACCCAACCUGCGAGGAUCAAAAGUAUGAAAAUAAAAAGUCAACAACCCCAUGGAUUGACCUUUUCAUUUGGGCAAUUCUGCAGAACCGCAAAGACAUGGCCACUUACUUCUGGGAGAUGGGCACAGAAGCUGUCAGCUCAGCUCUCGCUGCUAGCAAGAUGCUGAUAGAGCUCUCUCAUCUGGAGUCAGAGGCAGAGGAGUCAUGUGCCAUGAAGGAUCUAGCCGGUAACUUUGAACAACUGGCAAUAGGGGUGUUUAAUGAGUGUUACAGAAAUAGCGAAAAUCGUGCGUUCAAACUCCUGGUAAGGCGCUCUAAUGUCUGGGGCGGAGCCACAUGCCUGCAGCUGGCCUACGAAGCAGAUGCUAGGAAUUUCUUUGCGCAAGAUGGCGUACAGUCCAUGUUAACAGAGAACUGGUGGGGUCAGAUGGCGCAGAAUACACCCGUGUGGGCGAUGGUUUUGACUUUCUUCUGUCCACCUCUCAUUUACACCAAUCUCAUUGAAUUCAAAAACUAUGACCAUGAAAAUGGACUAGAAAGUCAGAGAGUGGAAAUGGACAGCUUAGAUAUUGAUAUAAAGACCACAGUGGCAGAAAUCAUGGAGGGGGAAGAAAUAAUGAAGGAAAAAAAUGAACUUGUAGAACUGAAACCCGGCAAGACGGCCAAUUCAAACCAUGGAGCCCAUGAUGGUGAAGUCAGUAAGGACAAGCGAAGGCCACAAUGGUUGCGUACAUGGAAACAGUUUUGGAGCGCCCCCGUGACGGCCUUCUUUGGGAACGUGGUCAUGUACUUUACAUUUCUCUUCCUCUUCUCCUAUGUGCUCCUCAUGGACUUCAAGCUACCUCCACCAGUAGGCCCAGCCACCUCAGAGAUUAUACUUUAUUUUUGGGUUUUCACUAUGGUUUGUGAAGAAAUCCGGCAAAGUUUCUUUGUGGGAUCUAUGCCUGUAGCACAGAAGGUCAAACAAUACUUACAGGACUCCUGGAAUCACGUGGACAUCACGGCCCUGCUACUGUUCAUCAUUGGUGUCAUCUGCAGGAUGAUGGACCAUACAUAUGAGUCAGGACGGACCAUCCUCUGUUUUGAUUUCAUGGUUUUCACCCUUCGGCUUAUUCACAUUUUUGCGGUCAACAAACAGCUGGGGCCCAAAAUAAUUAUUGUCAGAAAGAUGAUGAAAGACGUCUUCUUCUUCCUCUUCUUUCUGUUUGUCUGGCUUAUUGCCUAUGGAGUGGCCACAGAGGGUCUCCUACACCCCAAUGACAUGCGUCUGGGCUGGAUAUUCCGACGUGUCUUUUACAGGCCUUAUCUACAAAUCUUUGGUCAGAUUGAACUAGCCAAGAUAGACGCUGGACUACUAGAAAAUAUAAACUGCACAGAUGACCCUGUGGAAAUCAUGAAUGAGGUAUUGCCCCCUUGUCCCAACACAUUUGCCAAUUGGCUGGUGAUUCUCCUGCUGGUUGUCUUUCUGCUCGUUGCGAACAUUCUUCUGCUGAAUCUGCUGAUCGCCAUGUUCAGCUACACCUUCUCCAAAGUCCAAGGUAACAGUGAUAUCUACUGGAAAUUCCAGCGCUACAACCUGAUUGUGGAGUACCACAACCGCCCGGCACUGGCCCCGCCCUUUAUUAUCAUCAGCCACAUUCACACGUUUAUCAAGCGCAAGAUCCGCAAGGUGGAGUCUCAGAAAAUCAGACACUUCAUGUUGGAAUUAAAGGAGCCUCUGGACAGCCGGAUGCUCACCUGGGAAGCCGUUCAGAAGGAGAACUACCUGGUGAAUAUCGCCAAGUUGAAGAGGGACAGCGACACCGAGCGGCUGAGACGCACCUCACAAAAGGUGGACACCGCAUUGAAGCAGCUGAUUGAGAUCAAAGAACACGACCGAAGGUUGAAAGCACUGGAAACAGAGGUUGAAUACUGCGGAAAGGCGCUUUCCUGGAUCGUAGAUGCCCUUCAGCAGAGUGACCUGGUGAAAACCGCUACACCGCCUCCCGUCUAUAAGUGAGGUUAAUGCCACUUCAUUCCGUGCAACACUUCAUAUUGUUUACUUCCAAGUCUCUUGACAUUACCACUACUUAUGUUGUGUGCGCAGUGGACAUGGAGUUCAGUUCUGCUCAGCCGUCAACGAGCGGACAUUUUAAAGCUCACUUUAUAUUUUCUUAUAUUCAUCCACUUUGACCAAACUACCCUCAUUCCAUGUUCAGAAGAAACGCACAUAUAUCCCUCCUCCCUGGGAAAUUGCUUUCUGAGGCAAAUCUUCAAGGACAAUGUGUAAAUAAUGUGAAAGUAAUACUGUUAAUAUGUAGACUAAUGUAUCUGAAAUGAGCUUGGGUCCAGAAUGAGUCUACCUAUGACUCACACGGUGGUGGCAGCCAUUUUGUGUGUUGAACCAAUAUUCAGCCUGUGACAGAUUUUUUAGGUCUAUGAUGUAACUUUAACUACUAAAAAAGUUCAAAUAAUAGAAAAAGCCUUUAAAGUCUUAGUUUUAUUGAAUUAUGAAUGUAAGCCAGGGCAGGGCUGAGUUUUGUACAGAGGUAUUGUCUCCCUUUAGUAUCGUUUCAGUGGUACUAAACGCGCAUACAGACUGUGCGUUUUUGCCCAGCGUGUAUGCACAGCGAUGAUCGCUGACAUCGCUGGGCUGAAAAUCGCUCAGUGCAUACCUUUAGUUAUAUUUACAUUGCUAUAGAUUUUGUUUUUUGUUUUUUUAUUUAUGUUGUGUUGUAUUUUUUCCAGGAAAAAAAAUGGGCUUUUAAAAUAUGUAUGUAAAGAUCUUAUUAUGUUUGAUACUGUUCUCAAGAUAUUUUGUCAAACCCAAUAAAACUAUAUAUAUUUUA